AUGACGUUCGGCGUCACCACGAUCGUCCACAACAAAUAUAUGAUCAGCAAAAAAAUUGGCGCGGGGGCGUACGGGGCGGUGUGGGAGCUGCGGAAGGUGGCCGAUCCGAGGCAACAGCUCGCACUCAAGACGGAGGGCGUCAAGCCGGAGCGCGCCGAGGAGUUUCUGAAGAUCGAGUACGAGGUGAUGGACAAGCUGCGAGCCGCCAAUUCCCUGCACUCACCACGACUUGUUGGGGCUGGAAAGACGGACACGCAAUACUACAUCGUGAUGACCCUCCUCGGCCCGUCGCUCGCCGACCUGAGGAAGUGCAUGCCGGGAAUGAAAUUCUCCCCGUUCACGAGCGGAAUGUGCUACAUCCAGUGUCUUGACGCCAUCAUCGAGCUGCACCAGCUGGGCUACGUCCACCGCGACAUCAAGCCGGGCAACUUUGCGGUGGGGAAGAUGAACACGGCGGCCCGUCGCUGGGUGUACCUCUUCGAUUUUGGCCUCUGUCGACGUAUUUUUUUCGACCGCAGCGACGCGGAGAAGAAGUACAAAAAGUGCGGCGACAAACGCCUCCGCACCCCCAGGAAGCAGUGCAAAAUGGUCGGCACGCUGAGGUACUGCUCGAUGAACGCGCACCACAAGGAGGAGCUGGGGCGGCACGACGACGUGUGGAGCCUGUGGUUUGCCGUCGCCGAGUGGCACCUCGGCGAGUUGCCCUGGAGCGGGGUGGACAAAGCGAAGACGGAGAUGCUCAAGGUGGACGUGCUCGACGACUUGGUGGCGAAAAUGCCCGCCCCGCUCGGGCUCGUCGUCAAGCACUUGAGGGGGCUGCGCUAUCACGAUGAACCUAACUACGCCCUCCUUCGCGGCCUCGGCGCCUCGUUCCUCCACGAUCUGCCCAACUACAACCCGGGCGACCCGCUCGACUGGGAGCCGGCCGGAUGCCACGCCGCCCUCUACAAGCACAUGCAUAAUUGUUGGCCGCCCGACCCCGACCCGGUCACCCUCCCGCCACUCGUCAUCGAAAAACCUCCCAAGAAUCUGUGUGCCGUCAAGUCCCUGGAAACGGUGCACCAGGACCCCGACUCGCAGAACUCGUACGACGACGAGACCAACGAGGGCAUCAAGUCCAUCAAGAAGGGCGAGAAGACGAUCGAGUCGCGCAAGGGGAGCAACAGGGCCCUGAGCAAGACUGGCGAUCCCUUCUUGGAGGUGACGGCCGAACCGGGCGGCCUCGAAGAACAGCCAACCCUCGGCGACGACGUCACCAACAAGGAACACGCGGACAACCCCCGGAAUCGA